UCAUGAUUGACUUCGUAAUCAGAAUCGUACAUCAAAUUUUCUCAUUUUCUGCUAUACUUAGUAUACUACCAGCUCAUCAUCAUCAGUCUCACUCGGAAGCAUUUCAGCCAUGGCAUCUAUCCCUUCCAAAAUGAAGGCCUGGUCUUAUAACCAAUACGGCAAGGCCGAAGAUGUCCUCAAGUUUGAAUCCGAGGUUGAUGUCCCCGACAUCAAAGAUGACCAAGUUUUAAUUCAUGUUCAAGCCGCUUCCCUAAAUCCAAUUGAUACGAUUCGGAUGCACGGUUUCUUCAAGGACACCGACUCUCCUCUCCCGAUCGUUCCGGGAUAUGAUGUGGCCGGUGUCGUUGUCAAAGUGGGUAGCGCCGUGAAGGAAUUCAAGGUCGGGGAUGAGGUCUAUGGAGACAUAAAUGAAAACUCUUUAAUUAAACCCAGCCGAUUUGGGUCUGUGGCGGAGUAUACUGCUGUGGAUGAGAAGGUGCUUGCUUUGAAACCCAAGAAUCUGAGUUUCGUUGAGGCGGCUAGUCUCCCUCUCGCCGUUGAAACAGCUUACGGUGGCCUUGAAACCGUUGACUUUUCUGCCGGCAAAUCACUUCUUAUUCUCGGGGGUGCUGGCGGUGUCGGAACUCUCGCCAUUCAGCUAGCAAAGACGGUAUUUGGUGCAUCUAAAGUGGUGGCCACUUGUAGCUCUGCCAAAUCAGAGUUACUCAAAAGCUUAGGUGCUGAUGCGACAAUUGACUACAAGACCGCAAAUGUUGAAGAACAUCCGGAGAAAUUUGACGUGGUUUUUGACAUGACUGGGGAAUCUGGUAAGGCAUUGAAGCUGAUAAAAGAAGGUGGUAAAGUGGUGUCAAUCAUUGGGACUGCAGUUCCUCCAGCUAUCCGCUUUGUCAUCUCAUCAUCUGGAGCUGUCCUCAAGAAAUUGAAUCCUUACUUUGAAGAAGGAAAGGUGAAGCCAAUUCUUGACCCGAAAAGUCCAUUCCCGUUCUCUCAGGCUCUUGAAGCAUUUACCUAUCUGGCAUCUCGCAGCGCUACAGGAAAGAUUGUCAUACAUCCAAUUCCCUAAACACUAGUCAGCUUCCUCCGGCCUUGGAAUUUUUAUCCUCUCCUCCGGGAUGACCUAUAGAUUUCUUAUGUUUUCUUUUUGUACUUGGGAUCUAUGUGUGAUGGAAUAAAAGAACUGUGAUUUUGCUUCAUCUUGACAUUAUUACUGUCCUUGCUCUAUUAAUAUGCUGCUUGUCUAUCUGGUAGAUGUGCUGAAAAGCCUGGAACUUUUGCUAUUGUUGUCUACUUGUCUUUAUGUCAUUCAGUCAUUGUGGCCAACUUUGACUAGGAAGGAAGCUGGUUUUCUUGAUUGAAUGUUUAGUCCCACAAACAUCCACCUGCGUUUAUUCCUUUCUUAAAUUGUGGGGAACAGAAUUUUUUUUCUUUUAAUGCAUUGAUUAUGAUUUGAGAGGAAAUUUUGUUUAUGAAUACCACCUGUUGGCCCCUGCUAGCAACUACGUACUACUAACUGAUCUUUUUAAUAUACUCCAAUCCCCC